AUAGAUGGCAUUCAGGUCGGACGACGUUACCGAGCGGACGCGCGUUCUCAUAUUUCGAGCGCGCUCACCUCGAUCGUUCAACAUUUCUAACGAAAGUUUUUUGUUGUAAAGUUUUUAUUUAGCUUUUACUGUUAGACUGCUACGCGGGUGCUAGUACUUAGAAAAAAUUAAAAGUCCAUAUUUAAAGGCUAACGUGUUUUCGUUUCUCUGUUGUGGUUGCCAAUAAAUUGAAUUUUGUUACGAGGUGACGUAUAAACACUGUGCCGGUGAUAACGGAGUAUGAUGUGAAUAGUGCUGUGUUUAUGUUUGUGAUGUGCAGUUUAGUGUAGACGUGGGUUGUUUACAAUGGGGUACGCGUCGAGCGGAGCGGGGCGCGCCGCGCACGAGGCGUUGCUGGCUCGCCAGGAUGCGGAGCUGAGGCUCAUGGAGACCAUGAAGCGAAGCCUACAGGCUAAGAUGAAGAGCGACCGGGAAUACGCCCUCGCAUUGUCCGCCGCCGCCGCACAAGGCCAGAAGAUGGACAAGUGUGAAGAACUUAACGGGUCUGUGAUAGCAUCUGCCUGGCGAGCCAUGACCGAAGAAUGGGAAAAUAUCAGCCGCCUUAUUAGGGCUAACGCUGAGGCUGUCGAAUCAAAAGCCCUAGACAGACUUACAACCCUCAUGACAGAACGACGAAAAUCAAGGAAAGUCUACCAAGAAGAUCAUACAAAAAUCUCUUCGCAGUUUACACAGCUGUCAGAGGAAGUGCAAAGGAAACAGAGCGAGUACCAAAAAUGCCUCGAGUCUUACAAGCAGAUGAGGGCCAAGUUCGAGGAGAACUACCUUAAAUGUCCCACAAGCCGAGGCGGUCGGAAGCUGGAUGAGACCCGUGACAAAUACGGCAAGGCUUGCAGACGGUUACAUAGGGCUCACAAUGAGUAUGUGUUACUGCUGGCUGAGGCUACGGAGUGCGAGAGGGCACUGCGAACUGCUGCGUUACCGACACUCUUGGACCAGCAGCGUCGUCAGGGAGAGGCUACUGCCACGUCUUGGAAAGGCGUGCUUCUGGAGGUUGUGCAGAGGUCAGACUUCAGCACGGACAAGUUCAGGGAGAUCCAGACCAAAAUAGAGACCACGAUACAGAAUCUAAGGCCACAGGAUGAAUAUAAAGAGUUCAUUGAGAAGUACAAAUCACCGCCUUCAACACCUGUCACCUUUAACUUCGAUGAAAGCCUAGUCGAAGACACGAGUGGAAAACUGCAACCAAACCAGUUGACUGUAGACAAUCUGACGGUGGAAUGGCUGAAGGAGAAAUUGACAGAACUGGAGAACACGCUACAAGAUAACCGGGAGAAGCAAUCAGCUCUGCAGGGACCCGAGAUCAUUGGAAACGGAGUUUGCAAGAAUAAUAAUACUGGACUCACUAAUGGAGUUAAUGGUAUUGAUAGGCAUUCUCCGCCACCAUUACCAGUGACGACCUCCGAGCCCAUAAAACUUCUGGAGCUCCGAGUAGCGGAACGCAAAUGUGCCAAACAAGCAGAGAUGAUCCGGUCAGCCCUGGCUGAACUAGGCUGUGAAGAAGCACCCAGUGGUUGCCCUGAUCUAUCUGCUGAGACUGUGGGCGUUGACAGUCUGGACGGCAGCUCUCCUGACCAUCAGGAUCGCUCCUCAAUCGGAUCCAAGGCGUCGACAGACGUUCUAAGAUUGCAUCUCCACUCGAUAAUACCACCGAAGCCCUUCUUCAAACUAUUCACGCGGCCGUUCCGACGCAAAUCUGCGCCUUCCAGUCCGGCGCUACCACCCAAGACGUAUAGAAGCAGCAGUGAGGGCCCUGCUGACUCGGUGAGUGUGAGCGAGACAGAGAGAUCUUUGGUGGAACAGGAGUGGUUCCAUGGAGUGUUACCACGAGAAGAGGUUGUGAGGCUUUUGAGGGCAGAUGGAGAUUAUUUGGUGCGGGAAACUACGAGGAAUCAUGCGAGACAACUGGUGCUGUCUGUGUGUUGGGGCCAACACAAACACUUCAUUGUGCAGACGACACCUGAGGGUCACUACCGUUUUGAAGGAGCAGCGUUCCCUUCAGUGGCGGAGCUGAUAGCGUGGCAGAGGACAAGUGGAGUACCCGUCACUGCUCGAUCGGGAGCCCUGCUUCGACGCGCCGUGCCGCGGGAGAACUGGGAACUGAACAAUGACGAUGUACAACUACUGGACAAGAUUGGACGAGGUAACUUCGGGGACGUGUACAAGGCUCGACUGAAGAGUACAAAUCAGGAGGUGGCAGUAAAGACCUGCAGAGUGGCGUUACCAGACGAGCAGAAACGGACCUUCUUGCAGGAAGGCCGCAUCCUCAAGCAGUACCAGCAUCCGAAUAUUGUGCGGCUUAUAGGCAUAGCUGUGCAGAAGCAGCCCAUCAUGAUCGUCAUGGAGCUUGUUCCUGGUGGUUCCCUCCUCACAUUCCUUCGUACGCGAGCAUCAUCAUUGAGUUCCCGUUCUUUGCUGGCAAUGUGUCGAGACGCUGCUGGUGGAAUGCGCUACCUGGAGUCCAAGAACUGCAUCCAUCGUGACCUCGCAGCCAGGAACUGCCUCGUGGGAGACGAUAACAUCGUCAAGAUAUCAGACUUCGGCAUGUCAAGAGAGGAGGAGGAAUAUAUCGUGUCGGGAGGCAUGAAGCAGAUACCCAUUAAGUGGACUGCGCCAGAGGCACUUAAUUUCGGCAAAUACACAUCGCUAUGUGACGUGUGGAGUUACGGCGUGCUGAUGUGGGAGAUAUUCUCUAAGGGCGAUACUCCUUACGCAGGCAUGAGCAACUCACGAGCACGCGAGAAAAUUGACACAGGUUACAGAAUGCCAGCGCCCGAAGGCUGUUCCGAAGACGUAUACGCUCUAAUGUUACGCUGCUGGGAGUACGAGGCUGAAAAGCGACCACACUUCCACCAGAUAUACACCAUUAUAGACAAUAUUUACAAUAGGUAACACUGUUGGGAUAAUGUCAUGUGCUCUAUUUAUGUACGCCAUCUUGUUUUUCAACCCUAGGUCUCAUCGAAGUAAGAAAUUUUUGACGAACCAAAGCUGCGUCUACUAUAUCACUGAUAAGGUUUCUAUCUGUGUUAAUAUAGUCAAUUAGUGAUAAAACGCAUUUAUUUCGACAGCCGACUUGAAAGAACAGUUUAAUAAAAAUAAGUGCCUAUCUAAAAUGAAAAAAGAAAGGACACAUUAUUGAAAAAAAACUUCGAAACCAUCUAGACUUCAAAAAAACGUCUUCUGAACGAAAACCUUAAUCUACGCGUUAGCAUAACCAGGGUUGCGAUAUUAAAAAAAAAAUGUUAUUUGAAACAUUCAUAAUAAUAAAAUUAUAAAUAAUUAUCUAUGAAAAAUAAAUAUACUUUACUCAUUUUCCACUACGCAAUAGGCAACUGAAUUUUGUAUAGUUUUUAAGGUUUGUUAUAUACUUAUGUUAGAUAUGUGUUAAAUAAUAAAACUGUACUUGUAUGUGGUGACUAUAUCUUUUUGUAUAAUAAAUGGAUGUGUUGAGAUAUCUAGAAGAGAUAACAGGGGGUCUGUAGUAGAUUAAAAAUAAUUUAACUACACCGAAAAGUACCUGUGCGUAAUUCGAUGAAAAAAUUUGGUUUUAUUAAUAAUUUAUUAUAAUGAGGGGGCCAUGUCAGAAUAGACAUUAUGAAGGCAAGUUAUCAUACAGUUGGUAACUAUUGAAAUGAAAUGUGCUGUUAACAUUUUGCCCUCAUAAGAAAAACGUUAACAGUAAGUAUAUCUGCAGCUUAAAUCUUUAAAUGAAAAAUCAUUGCAAUCUUUUCUAUUUUCUAUGUUUAAUAUACAAAUUCCACAUUAAUCGCCUAUAGAAUAAAUAAACAUUGGUCUAAUUUUAUAAAGUGUGUGGGGAAGAAAAUUUUAGAUUUCCUCUGUUGUUUCUUCUAGUAUUAUACUUAUAAGAGCUAGACAGUGUUCUUUAUAAGUAAUUGAAGUGUUGAUCUCUUACGAAUGGUACUUUAGCGAUAGAAGGAAAUAAUAGUAUAUAAGUACAACAUAUUAUAUCAGUUCUGACUGACAUAUCUACGUAUAUUUUGUAUUCAAGUACAAUGUUAAGCAUAAAUAAAAUUAGUUUAUGUACCUAUAUGAAAAAUAAUUUGUUUUUGUAAAGUAUAGCAUCGAAUGAUAGAUAUAAUUUAGACGUUGUAGACGUUUUAAUAAUUGUAAUAUUGAGGUACGGGAUAGGCGUGGAUAUAAAACCUUUUUGGAAUCAGCCUACCGUCCUGGGCAACUUGUUUUAUGUAUAACUAGGUGGUAUAUAAAGAGUUAUAACAUUGUAAUUUGAGUAGUAAUGAAUAAAGUCAAUUAUGUAUUAUUAAUUUCAGGAUAUAUGCAAAAUCAGAAGAAAAUAUUAUCCAUCCUUGAAUAGGGCUUCCAUACUUUCUGAACAUUUGAUAAAUGAGUAUUUAUGUAAGUAGUUUUUAAUUAUGAUAGAUAUAACUACUGGCAAUAAAGGACAUGUUUGUGAUAUCUUUAAUGCUUCCACAGAAUAGUGUAACAAUAUAUUUAGUUUAAGUAUUGUAAUGUUUAUCUCUUGCCUAGUAUAAUUGCAUGUUAUUAUUAAUUGAUAUUUUAACACAAAGUGAGAUAUAAAUGUAUAGGCAGUCUAGUAUUUUAAUUGAACACUAUAUUAAAACUAUGUAAAUAUAUUUCGUACAACAUUAAAGUGCCAGACAUUUUUGAA